CCCCCGCACAGACACACUCGAACCUCCAAACAAGCAGAGCUUUUUAUGCCUUUCAGCGGGCUUUGUCGGAGCUCCGGCUCCCUCUAAACGGAGCCCUAGCUCUCGCCCGAAUUGCUCUCAGUUAUAGAUCAAUCAAUCAAUCAAUUCAUUUCCAUAUCGCCAUAUCAUUAUCAUCAAUUCAUCAUAUCCCUUGAUUUCUCGGAUCUGCAGAGGCUUCGAGCAAUCCAACAAUGUCGAAUCCUUGGGGCAAUAUCGGCCGCCCAGGCGCCUGGGCCGCCGAGUCCGAGCGGGCCGAGGCGGAGGAGCGUGAGCUCGCGCCAGCGGCGGCGGUGGGAGGCGGCGGCGGGGACUCACAGAGCUUUCCCCCCCUGAAGGAAGCCACGGCCGCCAAGCCGAAGAAGAAGAAGAUGAGCUUACAGGAGUUCAACUUGCAGACCGCCGCCGGCCGGAGGGCCCCGGCCUCUGGUUUGACGCACGACGAGAUGCUCCGGCUUCCGACGGGCCCCAUGGAGCGGCCUGCGGGGGAAUCGCAGUACGGGCGACUUGGUGGAGGUUUCUCGAACUACGGCAGGUCGGAGGGCAUUCCCGGUCGAAACUUUCGCGACCGUGAUGGAGAUGGGGCCGGUUCUUGGGGAGGCGGCCGUAGAUCUUACGGUGGCUUUGAUGAUGAACGUAGGGCUCAGCCACCGGCUAGGGUUUCAGAUUUCGACCAGCCGUCGAGAGCCGACGAGGUUGAUAAUUGGGCAGUGAAUAAGAAACAACUAGGUUCGUUUGAUUCCGGGCGCCCGAGUCGGUAUGGUUCUCUAGGUGGCGGUGACAUUGGAGCAGGAGGAGGUGGUAUGUCCAGGGCUGACGAGGUUGAUAAUUGGGCAGCUGGGAAGAAGCCAAUCACGGCCAGGCCUUCAAAUUUCGUUUCAAGUUCCCGGGAUGCUGGGCCGGAGCCUGAUCGCUGGACUCGCCGAGGGUUUGGGGAAACGGAACGAGAGCGUCCCCGAUUAGUUUUGGAUCCACCUCGGGGCGAGGAGGCAGUGGUUGAGGUUGUGAAAUCGAAUAAGCCAAACCCCUUUGGAGCGGCGAGGCCUAGGGAAGAGGUUUUGGCGGAAAAGGGUUUGGACUGGAAAAAAAUGGAUUUAGAAAUUGAGGCGAAGAAAACGAGCAGGCCUACAAGUUCCCAGUCUAGCAGGCCUUCCAGUGCUCAGUCAAGCCGGUCAGAAGGACCUGCACUGCAGGGAGUAGAAGGGGCAGUGAAACCGCGGCCCAAGCUGAAUCCUUUUGGGGAUGCAAAGCCUAGGGAAGUGCUGCUCGAAGAGAAAGGUAUGGACUGGAGGAAAAUUGAUAUGGAAUUGGAUCAUCGCCGAGUUGACAGGCCGGAAAUGGAGGCAGAGAAGUUGAAAAAUGAGAUAAGCCAUCUAAAGAAGGAACUUGAGAAAGUAUCUUAUUCAAAUGCUAACAGAGAAGCUGUGGAAGGUCCUAGUGGAGAACACAGCAGUUUACAUGAUCUGAUACUCAGUAAAGAAAGGGACUUGGAAUUGCUGAGCAGGGAGUUGGAUGACAAAGUCCGGUUUGGUCAGAAAGCAAUUGAAAGGCCAGGUUCUGGAGCGGGCAGGGUUUCUGGCUAUCCUGAGAGGCCACCACCUCAGUCUGGGGUGUCUGAGGUGGUCGUGGAGAGGCCUCGAUCAAGGGGCACUGGAGAUAUGUGGUCAAGGCAGGGUGAUGACAGAAGAGUUUUCCAAGGUGGAUGGGGAAGAGGAUCCUCAGGCAACAGGGACAUAAAUAGGUCAAGGUCGAGAGAAAGAUGGUGAUCUUCAGCUGAAAUGGAUUUUAUUUUGCUCUUCACCUUUCGGCAGUUAAGAGGAAAUAAUAUAUAUAUUUUUUCACCUUUGUUUAAUUUUUGUCUUGAUUUUGCUGAGGAAUGGGAAUAGAAUUAUUGAGCACUGGCAGGAAACUCUUUUAUUGAUCUGUUGUUGCAACUGUGCAAAAGUGCAUUUCAUUCUCCUCUUCAUUUGAGUUCUUCAGAAGACUACCUACCUGUUUAGCUUAAUGUGAUGUGCAUAUUUGGGUCCCCCUCUCUCUCUCUCUCUGUCUCUCUCAGUUAAGGUUAGCUUGAAAUCACUUAAAACCGAAGGAAAAAGGAAAA